CCUCACAGAUUUAAUUGCCGACUCUUCUAUUGGCCAUGCUCCGUGAAUCAUCUACUGUUCGAUGUAGAGAAUUAUGGCUCAGUCGUUUCGCCCUCCACCGGUCUUCCCUUCUUCCUCGCCCGAGGGCCAUCGUCAUAUCUCUCUCUCUCUCUCUCUCUCUCUGCUCUAUGUUAAUCAACCGAUUGCCGAUUAAGAAACGCACUUCCAUGGUGAAGAAAUCGUAAUCGUGCUUAACGACCUGGGAAGAAUGCUUUCUCUCUCCAUUCCUCGCACUCUGCGACUUAAAGAAGGUCUCUUUUCAAAAUAUUCAAUGAUAGAUUCCACAUUGCCUUUGCGUUGAAGAGCCUAAUGAUAGAUCCAAAGAAACCAUUGACAAAGAUCAACAGCAUGAACCGAGUCAUCCUUGAGGAAUGCAACAUAUUAAACUCUGCGAGGAUGAAAUUGAUUUUAGAUAAGCUUGAGGCUGCCUCAAAACACAAUAACACACUCCUGCAUCAUCGUAAUUGGAUCUUAUGUGCCCCAUAGAAAAUAGUAAUGUUAUCAACAAGCAAUAACCACAGUUGUCUAAUGCAUGUCCAGGAUGUUUGAUCACCUUGAACUGGUCAUAUAUUCAGAUGGUCAAGAUGGACAGAAUUGGGAUGAACAUUUUAGUUGCUCCUUCAUGAUGAUUAUUCUUCUCUGAAGCAUGCCCACACGACCUUUCCGCUUCCCUUCCAGACGAGGGCGACCCAAGUUUCUUUCGAUCAUAUUCCUGAUACUAAUUCCAAUUUGUGUGAUUGGAAUCUUUGUUCAUGGCCCUAAAGUCUCCUAUUUCUUUCGCCCCCUGUGGGACAAGCCACCUCCGCCCUUUGAACACUUGCCUCACUAUUAUGCAGAGAAUGUCUCCAUGGAUCAUCUCUGCCGCCUCCAUGGCUGGUCGCUGCGCUCCAAACCCCGCCGUAUCUUUGAUGGCAUCAUAUUCAACAAUGAGCUAGACAUGCUUGAGAUAAGGUGGCGUGAACUUUAUCCGUACGUAUCAAAAUUUGUGAUAUUGGAGUCAAAGACCACUUUCACAGGCAUUCCUAAGCCGCUCUUCUUUUCUUCAAAACGAGAUCAGUUUGCAUUUGCUGAAGGGAAGAUUGUCCAUGGUGUGUUUUCUGGCCGAGUUGCAACUCAUGGUUCUCGCAGAGACCCAUUUGUACUUGAGGCGGAGCAACGUGGAACUAUGAAUGGAUUACUUCGCCGUGCAGGGAUUUCCAGUGGUGAUCUACUUAUAAUGUCGGACACCGAUGAGAUUCCAAGCCCUCAUACCCUGAAACUUCUUCAAUGGUGUGAUGGGUUCCCGCCUGUGAUGCAUCUUGAGCUACGACAUUACAUGUACUCAUUUGAAUUUCCAGUGGAUUACAGUAGCUGGCGUGCCACGACCCACAUCUACAACCCAGGAACCCGCUAUCGGCAUUCCCGCCAAAGUGAUAUCAUACUUUCUGAUGCUGGAUGGCAUUGUAGCUUUUGCUUCCGACAUAUUAAAGAGUUUGUCUUCAAGAUGACAGCAUACAGUCACGCAGAUCGUGUAAGGUGGAAACAUUUUCUAAACCAUUCAAGAAUACAGAGAAUAAUUUGUCGGGGGGAUGAUCUCUUUGAUAUGCUACCCGAAGAGUACACUUUCCAAGACUUGAUUAAGAAGAUGGGAUCAAUUCCUCACUCUGCUUCUGCAGUUCAUCUUCCUGCAUCCUUGAUAGAGCAUGCAGACAAGUAUAAGUUCCUUCUUCCCGGGGGCUGUUUACGAGAACCGGAAUGAAGUCUCUCUGUCUGGCCACUUGGAAGAAGCCUCAAAGAUUUCAAAUUUGUAUUUACUAAAUUAAUCUGUUGUAGUUUCCUGUAUCCAAAAAUAUAUUCUAGGUUUGUUGUGUCUUUCUUUUGGCCCUUCCCACGUGAGAUCCUCUGAACAUUCAAACUUGUGAAUGUCUAGCAUUCACACCAUUGCGUUUCCCUCUGUUGUUGAAAAGUUGGAAACCUAGUAUAAAUUUUUUCGGUUGUGAAGAAAGAUUAACAUUCAGGAGUAGCUGCGGACCUGCGCUGUUUUGUACAACUGGUAAUCCUUUGAGUUCUACCUGAAAAAUAUAAAAGAAUUCUCUUUUGAGGGAUAUGUUACUUGUAAAUCCUCAAGUCAUGUGCUGGUCUACGCCCAAACAAGCCUUUGCCCUUGUCGGCAGUUUUGUAGUACUCAAUUCUUUUACUUUGUAUUAUAUUUUAUCUAAAUUAAUAAAAUUUUAAAUUUAAGAUCCGAAA